CCUUGAUCUUGAAGUUUGCAAAUGUGAAGGGGUGUGUGUUGUGACUCUUGAACAAACCUGUUUUUCUUGAUUCUUGUGUACAGAGCUAACAGUCAGUGUUACUGUUUUACUUUUCAUACUGACUGUGUGAAGAGACAGAGAGCAGCCAUGAAGAUCAGUGAUUCUGAAGAAGAAGAAGAGGACAAAAUGGAGUCUCCAGUAUCCAGCUGCCUGUCUAUGAAGAGUGAUCGGUCCAGAGGUUAUCCUCCAGCCUUCAGUAAUGAACCUGAACCCUCAGACACAAAACAGAGAGCAGAGUCUCCAGUAUCCGGCCGUCUGUCUAUGAAGAGUGAUCGGUCCAGAGGUUUUCCUCCUGCCUUCAGUCAUGAACCUGGACCGGUGGACACAAAAGAGAGGACGAGGAGCCAUGUUCCUGUGGAGGAGUCCUGCUGUGCUUUGUGUCAGGACAUCCUGAAGGAUCCGGUCUCUACCAGCUGUGGACACUGGUUCUGCAGACAGUGCAUCACCUCAUACUGGGACCAGCUGUUCAUCAGGAGACUCCUGUUCCCAGUGUGGAGAAAGAUCCAGAACAAGACCCGAACUGCAGAAGGCAAGUCAGGACCAGCCCUGUACAAAUGAGUGCUGGUCUGCAGGAGGUUUUAGAUAAAUAAAGGUCAGUCAGAAAAUGAGAUGUGAACAUGUGACUGAAGGAAGUGAUGAAACAGGAAGUGGAACCCUCCUCAACAGGGUCUACACUGAACGUCUACAUCACAGAGGGAAAGAGUGAAGAGGUUAACACCCACAUGAGGUGAGGCCGCUUGAGACAGCUUCCAAGAUGGAGACCCUCCAUGACAUCCCAUCAAGUGCCACGACAUCUUUAAAGCCUUACCU